AUGUCCCGAAAUGGAGAUAGUCGGGUUGGUUCAUCUGUUUGUUACAGAACAGUGGUGUCAUAUUUGUCAAUUUUAGUGGCAUUUACCAGUCUUUUACAACCGGGAAAAAAAAUUGGGCUGAGCGUGAGUGAACAUAGGGUCCCCCUUGGGUUAAUACAAUACGUUUCGUAUAGAACAUUUUGGGACAUUCCACAAAACGAAAAUUGUCGGGAGACUGGCGCGAUCAUUAAUCAGACUCACGAUGAAGAUUCAAUGAUUCAUCAAAGAUGGAUUAUCAAUCGACGAGCCAAUGAGCGUCUCUCAAUGGACCUCGUCGAAUGGGGGUGA